GGGAUUCUGCAGCUGCGACUCCCGAGGCUGUCCCCAACCCUGUCCCCAAAAGCAAUGGUCUUCCUGCAGGUGGCUCUGCUUCUCCAGACAUUUAUCCUGGCUCUUCUCAUUCCCCAGGCACUGCCAGCCGGUGUCUUCGAGCUGCAGAUUAUUUCUUUUGGGCCGGGCCCAGGCCCCGGGGCCCCGAGGUCCCCCUGCAACGCCCGAGGCCCUUGCCGCCUCUUCUUCAGGGUCUGCCUGAAGCCGGGAGCCUCCCAGGAGACCGCCGAGUCCCUGUGCGCCCUAGGCGCAGCUCCGAGCACUCGUCCUGUCUACACGGAGCAGCCCAGAGCGCCAGCUGCUGCCUUGCCGCUACCCGACGGCCUCGUCCGUGUGCCGUUCCGCGAUGCCUGGCCGGGCACCUUCUCCCUCAUCAUUGAAACUUGGAGAGAGCAGCUGGGAGAGCGGGCUGGAGGACCCGCCUGGAACCUGCUAGCACGUGUGGCCGGCCGCAGACGCCUGGCAGCUGGGGGUCCGUGGGCCCGUGAUGUGCAGCGUGCUGGCGCAUGGGAAUUGCACUUCUCCUACCGUGCACGCUGCGAGCCCCCUGCUGUAGGAGCCGCCUGCGUGCGCCUGUGCCGCUCGCGCAGUGCCCCCUCGCGGUGUGCCCCGGGACUGCUCCCCUGUGUGCCCUUUCCAGAAGAGUGCGAAGCCCCACCCAUAUGUCGAGAGGGCUGCAGCCCUGAGCACGGCUAUUGUGAAGAGCCUGAUGAAUGCCACUGCCUAGAGGGCUGGACUGGACCCCUCUGCACUGUCCCUGUCUCCACCAGCAGCUGCCUGAACUCCAGGGUCCCAGGUCCUGCCAGCACUGGGUGCCUUUUACCUGGACCUGGGCCCUGUGAUGGGAACCCAUGUGCCAACGGGGGCAGUUGUAGCGAAACCUCCGGUUCCUUUGAAUGUACCUGUCCCCGGGGAUUCUAUGGGCUUCGAUGUGAGGUGAGCGGGGUGACAUGCGCAGAUAGACCCUGCUUCAAUGGCGGCUUGUGUGUUGGUGGCGAAGAACCUGACUCUGCAUAUGUCUGUCAUUGCCCGCCUGGUUUCCAAGGCUCCAACUGUGAGAAGAGGGUGGACCGGUGUAGCCUGCAGCCAUGUCAGAAUGGUGGCCUCUGCCUGGACCUGGGCCACGCGCUGCGCUGCCGCUGUCGCGCAGGCUUCGCGGGGCCGCGCUGCGAGCACCACCUGGACGACUGCGCAGGCCGCGCCUGUGCCAACGGCGGCACGUGCGUGGAGGGCGGCGGCGGCGGCGCGCGGCGCUGCUCGUGCGCACUGGGCUUCGGCGGGCGCGACUGUCGGGAACGCGCUGACCCCUGCGCCUCUCGCCCCUGCGCACACGGAGGCCGUUGCUACGCCCACUUCUCCGGCCUCGUCUGCGCCUGCGCGCCCGGCUACAUGGGCGUGAGAUGCGAGUUCUCGGUGCGCCUCGACGGUGCGGACGGGGUGCCCACGGUCCCGCGGGGCCUGAGGCAGGCAGACCCACAGCGCUUCCUUCUGCCUCCUGCCUUGGGGCUGCUGGUGGCUGCGGGCUUGGCCGGCGCCGCCCUCUUGCUUGUCCAUGUGUGUCGCCGAAGCCCUGCCCGGGAUCCGGGGACUCGCUUGCUGUCUGGGACCCGGGAGCCUUCAGUCCACACGCUGCCCGAUGCACUCAACAAUCUGAGGAUACAAGAUGGUGCUGGGGGCGGCCCCAGUUCUGCUGACUGGAAUCACCCUGAAGACGGAGACUCUCGAUCCAUUUAUGUCAUACCGGCCCCUUCCAUUUAUGCUCGAGAGGCAUAAUACGGCCCCUUCUCUGUCAUCGCCUGGAGAUGGAGCCCGAAUGUUUUUGUUUGUUUUGUGGUGUCCAGUCUCUACCCCCACUCACACACACACUGACUGGAGGCUGGAAAGUGUGUUUGGGAGGACUUUGCGGUUGGAAGUUGUAUAUAAUGCUUAUUUAUAACCUAAUUUUUCUCAUCUCCCAAGAGGCAUUUAUAUAAAGGCUCUUAUUUCGAUCUACUACGUCAGGCUGAGAACUUUGUUUUUGAUGUUGGAACUAAGGAAGAGAGAUGUCUCGUAAGGAGAAUAAUAGAAU